CCAAAUCCCAACGCAUUAUGGUUCACUCCCCCGUCCUUCAAUCUCUCUGCUUUUCACUUCCCGUUCUCAUUUCUCGCUAAACUUCUUCAAUGGCUUCUCCACCCAUUCUUCAUCUACUGUGUCUCUUCUCUCUCAUUUCCUUCACUUCAUCAUUCGCAUCCAUUACUCUUCCUAUCUCGCCCUUGCACGCCAAACACCCGUCUUCUGAUCCCUUUCAGACCCUCAAAGUAGUUGCCUCUGCUUCCCUGACCAGAGCUCACCACCUCAAGCACUACAAAUCCAAUUCCAGCUCUUCCAUCAUCAAGACCCCCGAUUACCCCAAAACCUACGGUGGAUACUCCGUCGAUCUUAGAUUCGGCACACCCCCUCAAACCUUCCCUUUCGUCCUGGACACCGGAAGUAGCCUCGUCUGGUUCCCUUGCUCCUCUCGUUAUCUCUGUUCCAGAUGUUCCUUCCCCAACAUCGAUGCCUCUAAACUCCCCAAGUUUAUCCCCAAGAAUUCUUCUUCCGCCAAGUUUGUCGGUUGCAGAAAUCCAAAAUGUGGUUGGAUUUUCGGCCCCGAUCUUCAGUCCCGAUGCCAACAAUGCGAACCCGGUGCCCGAAACUGCUCGCAGAUUUGCCCCACUUAUAUAAUUCAGUAUGGUUCGGGUUCAACCGCUGGCUUGUUACUUUUAGAGAGCCUCGACCUUCCAGGGAAAAUCGUACCCGAUUUUGUCGUUGGGUGCUCCAUCAUGUCGAUCCGUCAACCGGCCGGCAUCGCCGGGUUUGGUCGAGGCCCUGAAUCGCUGCCUUCGCAGUUGGGUCUAAAGAGAUUCUCUUACUGCUUGAUCUCUCACCGGUUCGACGACUCCACAGAAAGCAGUGACCUCAUUUUGCAGAGUGAGUCCUCCGGCGGCACUAAAACCGAUGGCCUUAGCUACACUCCAUUUCAAAAAAACGCAGCCGCAAGCAACCCAGCAUUCCACGAGUAUUAUUACUUAACUAUUCGAAAAAUCAUCAUCGGUGGCAAGGUGGUCAAGAUUCCGUCCAAGCGUUAUGAGCCAGAUUCAGACGGUAAUGGGGGCACCAUAGUGGACUCAGGCUCCACCUUCACAUUCAUGGAAAGGCCCAUUUUCGAUAUGGUGUCACAAGAAUUCGAGAAACAGAUGGCUAAUUAUACAAGAGCCAAGGAAGUAGAAACCCGAUCCGGUUUGAGCCCCUGUUUCGAUUUUUCAGGCCUGAACUCGAUUUCUUUCCCGCAAUUCACCAUCAAAUUCAGAGGGGGUGCCAACAUGACAUUGCCCGUAGAGAACUAUUUCUCGUUGGUGGGCGAAUCGCAGGUUGCCUGCUUGACGAUUCUCUCGGACAACGGGACCAUCCCGGCGGUGGCCGGGGGGCCGGGGGUGAUUUUAGGGAACUAUCAGCAGCAGAAUUUCUACGUGGAAUAUGACUUGGAAAAUGAGAGGUUUGGAUUUGGACCUCGAAGUUGCAAGAAGUAAACCUAGGCACAUUCGUCGCAAGAACGCCUUGACUGGGACGGGGCGAUUAGGUAACCGAGUGGACGACUCAUUGACUCGCCGCGGCGGUGGGUGCGGCAGAGAUGAUGACCGUUGGAUACCGCCGUUAGUAUGACGGUAUACGAAGGGCCUGGGGUGUGGGGUGUUGCGGUGGCCGCCUGAUCUGAUUUGUUUUAUUUUUGUUGAUUAAUAAUGAUUGAAAUAACACGGAACAGUGGGCGGAAGUACAGCUUAUUGAUAUUAGUUUAUUAUUAUCUUUCAAUAAUUGUAUCAUCAAAUGUCGAGGUUGGAAUAAUGAUUCGGUAAUUAAAGAAUUCAGACAUUUCUGUAUCGUGGUAUUAUUAAUUGAAUUUACGAAAUUACAGUG